AUGGCGUUUUGCCGUUUAGUGUUCCCUAUUUUAGUGCUAAGUGUCGUGUCGAGUUAUGCUAACAUACAUGUACCAGUUUUUCUUUGGGGCGAUUUGAAAACAUCAAUAAAAUCGAAUCCUUUAUCGAACGUCCCGGAGAAAGAAUUUGAAGGUAUUUUGAAGGAAGAACUAAAAGCGGACCCAUUCACAGUAAUUUUUCUAGAUGAAACAUUAUCCGUCGAAGAUUUUUCACGUAAAAAUUCUGAUGGCGAUACCUCAUUCCCCUAUUUACAUGCUAACAUUGGUAAGGCUGUAUAUUUGCCUGCCGUGGAGAACGCUUUGCCUGUCCUCGAGGACUUGGCUAACCCAGAAGAAGUGGACCAUGUAAAAUUGACAGAAGACGGCCUUUCUGCUGAUUUGGAAUCCAAAAAUGGGAAAGUGCUCUUUAUAACUCUUAAAGAUGCUCACGAGGGUGAGACCAGGGCUGACCUACUUCGUCGCCACAACGAUUUUAUGGAAGACAUGUACACUAAACUUCAAGAGCAGUACAAUAAUGUUGUAGCCAUUUACACUGCAGAAAAUCCCUCAUGGACCAUCGUUGAAAGCCAUUCUCGCGUACGUCGUCAGGCUGAAGCUGAUCAAAAUGACUAUACUCUAGAUGGCUUAAGGUUAUAUGUUAAAGACAUUGUCCUCUCGGUUGGUGAACAGAAAACAAAUUUGAACAAAUUAGGCAGUUUUUCAAGUCAAUUUAGCGAAGAUGCAAAUGAAAUGAACACCACUAUGAACUUUGGAGAGAAUAACAUCACUUUGAACUUUUUGCAGAAAGCUGGUUAUUGGUAUUUCACCUCUGUGACCCUCCAGCAAACAUCCCCUGAGGCAAGGACAGAAAAAUUAUCACCGGACUCCGAUGUGCAUGCCAUCUCGGGUUUCUCCUACCGAUGUGGGCAAACUGUAUCCUUCACCAGUGUCAAUGACACCCAAACUUACCACUUGGUCUUCCAAGACUUAAAGGUUCAACCUUUCUUCAUGUCAACAAAUGAAUCAAUGCCCUUCGGAGACUCUUUGAACUGUGUGGGAUUCUUUACUGUUCCCAUUUGGUCCGGUCUGUUUGUUGUGUUCAUCCUCCUCGCCAUCACCUUCUACGGAAUCAUGAUGAUGAUGGAUAUCAGGACGAUGGACCGCUUUGAUGAUCCCAAAGGCAAAACCAUAACUAUUAACACUGCUGAG